CAUGUUGAUCGGACGGCCAGCAUCAUCCAAAAUGAGACAGGCCAGUAUAUUUGAAGCUUUUUGCUUGACGAUCAAAAGAGAUUAUAGGGCGACAAAGAGAGAGGGGCUUAGCGCAUCGUAUAGAGUAACCAAUAUAAUACUAAUGGUCUUAAUUACCAAACCAAAUGAGAUUAUGGGUUUUCCACAUUGAUCAUUUUCAGAGUGAUCCCUCCAGAGACUAUUAAAUACUUUCCACAAAAGAGGAAGUGGGAUCUGAAGGUUGUGCCUUUUUUCUAUCCUGAACUGACUGGGAUUGGUUUAUUGAGUACAAUAUUUGAAGUGGGUCUGGAAGAUGUUUCCUUUACGAACCGGGCGUCAGAAAGUUAAAUUGGGUACAAAACGAUAUUAAUGUUUUCAAACCAAAAAAAAAAAAAAAAAAGUGGGAGGCUGUGGGGUCUGGAAUUUGAGCCUUUCUCUAGCGCUGGACUGAUCCGGAUUGUUUUUUUAGUACAAUUGAUGAAGUGGGUUGGUUUUUUUAGUACAAUUUCUGAAGUGGGUCUGGAAGGAGUUUUCUAUGCAAAGAGGGAGCCAAAAAGUUGUUAAAUUUGGUACUAUUCGUGUUACUAUCUGAGCUAUGGAACCCAAAUCUCCAUCAAAACUCAAGCUCCCAGUCAUGGGAUUGUUUCAAUACAAACGGGUGCUGAAACUAACUGUUAUCGUUUCAGUCAUGGUGGUGAUUCUGGUCGGUGCCUACUUAGCAUUUAAACCUGGAACUAGUACUAGUGUUCUUAAAGGUUCAUAUUAUACAGUGGUUGUGGAUUGUGGUAGCUCAGGAACCCGGAUAAAUGUGUAUGAGUGGGUGGCAAAUAGCUCAAGUAAGAGAGAGUUGCCAAUUUUGCUGCGUUCUUAUCCUGACAAUUCAACCCAUAAUUCACUUUGGAAAAGUUCUUGCAAGUAUCAUUGCAUGCAAACUGAGCCCGGUUUAGAUAAAUCCAUUGGUAACUCAGCGGGAGUAAGAGCAUCUUUGGAACCAUUGAUAAUGUGGGCAGAAAAUAUGGUUCCUUUUGAAAGACGUAGCAGUACUCCUAUAUUUGUUUUAGCUACGGCUGGACUAAGACGUUUGGCAAUAGAGGAAGCUAUGGGGAUCCUGGAGGAUGUAGAGGCUGUUGUAAAGGAUUAUUCUUUUAUGCAUAGGAAAAGUUGGAUAAGGGUGUUGAGUGGGAAAGAAGAAGCUUAUUACGGUUGGGUUGCUUUGAAUUAUAAAAUGGGGAGUUUGAGUAAUCAUUCGAGGUCACCUAACUUGGGACUUCUUGAUUUGGGGGGCUCAUCAUUGCAGGUUGUUAUGGAAAUAAAUGAUGUGAAAGAAGAGACCCACUUGGUUAGGUCAAAAUUUGGUUUUACUGAACAUCAGAUUUUAGCUUACUCAUUGCCAGCGUAUGGCUUGAAUGAAGCAUUUGAUAGGACAGUUGCUAUGCUCAGUCACACACAAGAACUUAGAGAAAGUACUGGUGGUAGAUUAAAGCUGAGACAUCCUUGUUUUGGUUCUGAUUUUGUGCAGAAUUACACCUGCUAUGGUUGCUUCAGACGAAAUGUUGCCAACCAGAAAAAUUUGACUAGUGAAUUGCUGAGAUCUGAAUAUCCUUCUGUUUAUUUAGUCGGAGAACCAAAUUGGGAACAUUGCAAACUUCUUGCACGGGCUGCUGCUGUAAAUUCAAGCAGUUUAGAUUUGCCUUGGACAACAGCUGGUGAAGAGUCUAAGGCAAGAUUUUGUGCUGAUAAUGAUAGCGGUAUAAUCAACUGGACAGCCUUAGCCCAUCCCGCUGCCCGCUUUCAUGCUUUGUCUGGAUUUUUUGUUGUUUAUGACAUGUUGAAUUUGCAUCCAAGAGCCAACUUGACAAAGAUUUGGGAGAAUGGUCAGCAACUCUGCUCAGGAUCAUGGGCCAACUUCAGCAGUGUUUCAGGGAACCAACAUAAUGCUGGACAAAAUUGUUUUCGAGUGCCUUAUGUGGCAUCACUCAUUGAGGAUGCUUUGUGUCUUGGUGAUAAAGAAAUAUUAUUUGGUCCUGCAGAUGUUUCUUGGACAUUAGGAGCUGCCCUGGUUGAAGGAGAAUUUCCAUGGAUAGCUACUACCAUAUCUAAUGGCACUUUAAUUGUAAAUAUGGAUGUCAUAUCUUCUCCCAUUGUGAUAUUUGUUUUACUUUUAUGUCUCGUAGUGAUUGUUUAUCGUAGUCAAGUCAAACUGCCCAUGUCAGGUAAGAAGGUUGCUGCUCCUGGAGCUCCUGGAACAUCUCUGCCUACCUACAUUCAUCCAAAACGAAGACCGAAUUAACACAUUGUUAAAUCCUUCUUGUAGACAACAAUUCAUUUAUUCUUUUAGAUUCCAAACUGAAACUACAUUAGAGAUCAAAAGAAAUGACUUUGAAAAAGUGUGAGAUUGCCUAGAUCUUAUACAUGUGUGUUAUAUGAUGCUUGUAGUAUCGGAGUUCAUUAUUUUUGUCUUGGCUGUGGGUUGUCUCGUCUUCUCUGUUACCAAUUUUGUAAUAUCUUUGCUGCAUUGGGUUUCUUGGCAGAUGAAUGCUGCAACUGAUAUGUAGAAGACAAAUGUGCAGCCUUGUCCGUGAACACAAAAUAUAAUACAAAUAAGCAUCUUUAUAUU